GAGUCCAGGGAUCAAGCUCCUAGCUGUUCUGCUACAAUAAGUUGUGAACUAUGAACGAUCAAUCCUAGUUUUGGCAUUUAUAAAUGAAUAAAUCUAACGUUUGGGGUUGAUUGCAACACGAUGUGAGAAGACGGCUUUGUGGGGAGAAGUGCCAAGAAGCUCCAUGGCAAUCUGCAACUUCAAAUUUGGCUCAUAAUCUUUUUUGGCUUCGCACUAAUGGCUGCUCAGUCUAGCGUACGCGAAGAACUGAACGUCCUGCGGAGGAAAGAAUGGGAGAGGAGGAACCAGGCGGCCCUGCAGGAUAAGGAGCUGUACCAGGAGAGUACGCCGCUCUUCGGGGAGCCUUACAAGACAAACAAAGGCGAUGAACUGUCCAGCCGCAUCCAGAGAAUGCUCGGUAAUUACGAGGAUGGGAACAACUUCCAGUAUAACCAGUAUGAUGGGGCACCCAGGGAUCGACCCCCUUCAUCAUCAUAUGAACGUUCAGGGCACCCCGUGCACAAGGUCAAAACGGAGUCCUCAUUCCAAAGUUCAUCUUCCUACGGAAGCACUAAACAAGGCCACAACUCAUCUCAGCCUUCAAAGAAGUUCCCAAUCCCGGACAACUCCAUCCCAAUCCAGAGUAAAGAAGGUCCCGUCAAGUCCCAUCAAACAAAAACGGACUCCUGGCCUGACAUGAGAGACUACGCCACCUUGCCACCUGUUCUUCCGGACAUUUCACCACCUGCAGAGCCUUUGUCCCCUUUACAUUCCAGCGAGUCCAGCGAAUCAGAACAGGACAUGGAUGAAGACAACGAUGCCAACGAGCACUCACUUUCCCCUCAGUGCAAAAGUUCUUCUGGAAGGACAGCGCCAUCACAUCAUUCAGAGGCCCAGCAAAAGGAAACUUCCCACCUGGGUGGAGAUGUCCCAAUACCAGCUUCCCAGACCUUCCCGCUUCCACUUUCUUCCAAGCCCAACUUGGCCAACUCUAGGAAGCCCAUGGCGUUGGUCCGACCAAUGGAUGGACCCGACCAGGUCAACAGCGAGUCCCCGGAUCUAAAACCGUCACCCGAUGACUAUCACGGACAGUCUUAUGAGAACUUGUCAGAUCUGAAGAAUGUAGGCAAGCCGAACCUUCCUCCACUAAAGAUCCCGUCGCAGCCUGUAGAGAUGCUAUCAAAUGAGGUUCAGCGUGUGGAGGAGAUUCUCAGAGAAAUGACCCACUCAUGGCCUCCCCUGCUAACGGCCAUUCAAACGCCGAGUACAGCAGAGCCAUCCAAGUUCUCCUUUCCUAACAAGGAGGCCAGUGUUCAUCGUGGAUACCAGCAGCCUCAAAAGCACAGUGAGUCACCACCGAAAGCUCCGCUGUCACCCGUUCACCAGCACCCAGUCGUGUGUGAGGAUGGUGGCACAGCUGUGUUGGCGCCCGCCUGUGGAGCAGAGUCUGGGAGCUCCAGUGACUCGGAGAGCAGCUCUGAGUCUGAAUCCGACAGCGAGAGCAGCGACAGCGGCACGGAUGAGACGCCACCUGCUCCCAGGAGUAACACACCACCAGCAAAGGCUGAGGGGCCGAAAGACAUCAACUGGCAGUUGAUCAGUUGGAUCAAGGAGAGCCAGCAGAGCCUGAACCCUCAGAACCAUGCUGACGUUGCAUCAAAACCCAACCCCAAACCUGCGACCAGCACCAAAUCACAAACGCACACUCGCGCCGAGGAGGAUUCCAAACCCAAAAAUAAGAAACACUACAACUCUCGUACUGCCCCCGCUCAGCCCGAGUUCAGCGACGCCAAUCCCGAGGCCAAACCCGCCCCUGUGAACCAACACGCCAGCCACAAACCUGCUUCUAAUGCCAAUGCAGAGGCAGGAAACCGAAAAACAGUAGGUGAUACCCACCUGAGCAAGAGCACCAAAGCCCAGAGCAGCCUGCAUGUAGAAAGCGUGGAGGUGACGCCCCGCAACAAAGAUGCCACAUUCACAGAAAGGCCAAAGGUCAAGACGAAAACUAGCCAUGAGAAGAAAUCCGAGAGCAGAAAAUCAGCCAAACGUUCGUCUUCGGAAAAAAGGGACGGGAAAGAAGCGGUUGCUAAGACUGCCACGAUGGUGGUGGAGGACAAAAAGGAGGCGGAGCUUGUUCGCCCGUCCUCCCCGCCACCCAAAAACAGCGUAACAGUAACUCAUGCGCCCUCCAAGAGCUCCAAAAAGAGCCGGGCUCCCUCGCCAAUGACGGACAGGAAAUCCAAAUCCACGGCAUCCAAAUCGUCCGUCGACGUUCCUCUCACUCUGGUGGUGAAGAUCCAGCUCAGUCAGCUGUCCAGAGUACCACAGGUACCCAAAGCGACGAAGACGGGAACCAGCGCUCAUGUGGAGACCCCUUUAAAGAAACCGAGCCAGGAGAAAGAACCUGGUAAAGCGGGCAAGAAGAGACCUGCUGAUCACAGUGAGCUCUCUGUGCCAAAAAAGAAGCCGAAACUGGAAAAAGACAAAGAGGGAAAAACGUCAUCUUCAUCUCAGCACAGUUCCAGCAAAACAGAAGCACCAAAGAGCAGCCGCGAGGAGACGGACAAGAAGAGCAGCAAGAAGGUUCCGGCUCCUGCUCCUCACAACCCGGGACACAAGCGCUGCUCUGGAGAGAUGGAGGAGAGCAGCACCUCGGGCAGCAAGCACAAGAAGAAGAGCUCGAGCAGAGAGGAGCACAGCAAGAGCGACAAGAAAGCAGCGAAGAGCAGCACAUCUGCCCCGGAGUCGUCGGCUUCCUGUGGAGCCCCGGCGGCGCACAGACCUCUGCUCAAGUUUGACGACAAGCAGUACCCUGUGGAUUAUCAUAUGAAGGAAGCCAAAAAGCUGAAGCACAAAGCCGACGCCAUGGUGGAUAAAAUGGGUAAGGCCUUGAGUUACCUGGAUGCUGCCAUGUCCUUCGUAGAGAGCGGCAUCGCCAUGGAGACAGAUCCCCAGACGCCCAAGUCAGCUUACACCAUGUUCUCCGACACCGUAGAUCUCAUCAGAUUCAUCCUGAAGCUGAAGAACUACUUGGACCCGUCGGCUCCUGCGUCAGAGCGAGAUUUCUUAGUCCUGUGUAUGCGAUGUCAGGCCCUCCUGCAGAUGGCGAUGUUUCGCUGUAAACGAGAAUCGGCGCUGAAGUAUUCUCGCACACUCACCGAUUAUUUCAAGAGCUCAAAGACGAUGCAGGCUCCUUCCCCCUGCAUCUCAAAGAGCUCGUCUCCGAUGUCCCCGAUGCCGUCUCCGGCGAGUUCGUGCAUCUCCAAUCCCAGCAGCAGCAGCAGCAGCACUGUGUCCAUUCCUCAGCUCAUCCAGCAGAUGGCGUCAUCAUACAUCAACAUCACCGCUCUCUUCCUCAGCGCUCACGAGACAUGGGAACAGGCCGAGGAGCUGGCACGCACACGCACCGGUCUAUUAAGUGAUCUGGACAAGGCCCUCAGCCGCCUGAGUUUGACCUCCAGCAUGACGGCUCUGGUGCGCUACACUCGCCAAGGCCUCCACUGGCUCAGACUGGACACCUCGAACCCUCGCAGCGGCCCGUGAGCUUGUGUGUGUGUGUGCGUGUGUGUGUGUGUGUGCGUGUGUGUGUGUGUGGGAGGAUAACGGGCAUCUUUUAAUUAUUUUAUGUUCUGCUUCGGGAAGGAAGGAAGUCUGUUUGCACUUCGUUCUGAAAGAAAGCAAGUUGAUGUAAAGGUGGUGAGCGCACGAUGCUGACUUUCCUCUCACGGAGAAGAAGCUGAAAAUCACUGGAAUCACACAGAGAGAGAGAGAGAGAGAGAGAGAGAGAGAGAGAGAAAGAACAAGAGCGCCGCUGGCUUCAUCUUUUUUUCUUUCCCAUCGCCGCUCUAUCGGACAAUCAGAGGGAACAAAAAUGAAGUCCACACUACAUGUUUAAACUUUAACUUUGCACUCGUUUCCUCUUAUCAUGUGACUGGUUAAUUUAAACCCCACGUUUUUCAUAUCUCCUGUGGAAAACCCAAAAAACUGUGAUCUCACUAUUAUUUAUUUCAUCUAUAUUAUUAUUAUUAUUAAUAUUAUUAUUAAUAUAUUGAUCAUGAAUCUUUUUUUUCCCUCUUUGGAAACACAAACUUUUUUUUACCCUGAUGUUGAGGCUUCCGACUGACAUGAAAUGUUCAUUUUUUAAACGUCUUUUCCCGUGAUAGAGCUCUGAAGGACACGUUUAUCACUCACGCUUCACUGUUUGUUUUUUCCACAUCCACGGUGAAGACGUAUUUGAUUGAAAUAUGAAAUACAAAGCCACUGUUUUUUUGUUUUUGUUUUCAAAUUUGAAAUCAGUCAACAAAAUGUAAUUCUACCUCAAGAGGACAACAGAGGCAGAGCAACAAUUCAGACACACACACACACACCUGUACCUGCACCUGCACAGACCCAGGGCCUGAGUUGUACCUGAACAUGAUAUCACACCUUUAGUAAAUAAAACACUUGUGCCUUAUAGUGAAACUGCUGUAAUGAAACAAAGCCACCGCAGAUCUAAAGAUAAAAAAAAAAAAAAGAUCUGAAAAGAAAAGAUGAACUCGUGACAGCUGUAUGUAAUGACGUAAAUUUCUUGAUUCGUAUCUGUGGAUGUGGGUUCAGGCUUAAUGGAGUGUAAAUGCACUUUUCAGGGAGGAAACAGGAGUGGCUACGAUGCGGGGGGAGAAAAAAACAACCACGAUGCCGAAAUGGAAAAUCCGUCGUGUCCGAUCUGCUUUUAUAACCAGAUUGCGAUUGCAAAAGGUGCCAAUACUUACAGUUUAGCUGUAGCAUUUAUGAUUUUUAACCUGUUGUUAUGGUAACACAGGAGACACCUGAAAUUCGCUCGGUGGAAAAGAUGAUUCACCGAAGGGGAAAGGACGCCGGGGCGUGAAAGACGUAUUAGUUUCUGGUGACGUUUUCUUUCGUAAAUAUAUAAAUAAAGGACCUGUUUAUUAUUAAGUAGCACCAAUGCAGAUGUUUCGCCUUUUACUGUUGCUUAGCGCACAUCUGGGGGAAAAAAAAGAAUUAGCUAGAUAGCUAACUUUCCCACUACAUUCUCACCAUUUAUCAUUCAGGCUGUUAUCAAUUCAAUUCAAUUUUUUUCGUGAGCAACUUUUUUUUUUUUUUUUCCCAAAUCUCAGUGCAUUAAAAUCUUUUUCCUGUUCUGCCUCAGCAGAUUUUCUUGUCACGUGACAGCGGGUCCGUUAGAAUAACAGACUUUUUAACGAAUGUUUCCUCUUCAGGUGCUCGUAGAGAGAGGUUUCAUUUGGUAGAGAGAACAGAACGUUUAACGAAGGAGACGGAUCUCGGAAAACUGGUAGCUGUUACAUAAAAAACCAGGAGCUUUGUUGUAGGUUUUGCGUUAUGUAUUAAAUAUUUAACUGAUUACGAUAACAGCAAACUGUUUGGUGAACAAAGUGAUUGGCCACAAUUUGCGGUGUCACUUAGAAUUUUUCGUUAAAGCGUCACUUUUAGUGUAAUCUGUUCAUUUUCUGAUGGUUACGUUCCAGCGAGGUUACCUUUCCACUUGUGAGAAGAUCUGUGAGGCACCAAUCCAAAAAAAAAAAAAAAACACAAAGCAGCCAAUCAGAAAGCAGUAUUUUUCCUAGCCAUUGGAUAAAUCAAACUGAUGUUAAUUAUUAUUUAAUUUUAUUUAAUUUUUUGUAACUACAGAAGAAUGCUAACUUUUCUGAAACUUGACACAAUGCAAAUUUUUCUCUAAAAUUCAGCAAACACAUUUUCCAUUUUGUAUUUCAACUGGGUUUUUUUUCUUUGCCUUUUUUUUAAUUCUUUUUUGCCCUCCAGAAUAAUGUAGGCUGGAUUUAGAGCAAUAACACUUCUUUGGUUUAAAGUGUGUGUGUUUCCUUCCUGUUGUCCACUGUUAAACUUGAGUGCCAUGAAAAGCGUUUCCCAAACCAGCUCUACACACACACACACACAGAGUAACUCAGUUCUUGAUUUAAAGAUGUGUUUUGGAAAACGUUGGCUUUUUAUUUUCCUUCCUGAGAUUCCCAGCGGGAUUCCUGUACUGGAAAUGUGAACUUUGUAAGGAUCAGGAUUGCCGAGAUUUAAGGGCUGCACAUGAAAUCAGAAGAUAAAGUGUAUUACUGUAUUUAUUUUAUCAUGAUUAUCAGUGAAAGAAAUACUCUAGAACUGUUCAUCCUAUCUGAUCAUGUAACAUUGAUUUUUUAUUUUUUUUUUCAGCUUUUUUUUUUUUCUUCAUAUUUUCAAUUCUUCCAAAGAACACUGCUUUACUUGUUCUUAAGACAAAUUUUACAGGAUCUUUUUUCUUUCUUUCUUUUGUUUCAUCUCUGCACACUAAAUGAAAAGGUCCUCUGUGUUUCUGCAUCAUGUCGUGUGACCAUUCUGUAAAAGUCCGAAUCAUGUAUAUGAGUUUGCUUUAUGUUUUAUAUCACAUGCGUGAGCUUGUUUUGGUGUGCAAGACGGAGCGUGUUCUUUCUUCCCACACACACAAUGAGUUUAAAAACGAUGGGGGGAAAAAAAAACACUUUCCAUUCAAACUGUUCGGAAUCAUUUUGUAAUUUUGCCUUGUUGGACAUAUGUAAAUACUGUUAUGUACAGCGCUGUAUAAAGAACGGCAGUGAAAUGAGUUUUUUUUCUUUAACUUACAAAAAAAGAGAUCUUUUUUUUUCCAAAGCUGUUUAUGCAGACGUUUGUAGCUUCAGUGGAGAAGCGUGGGGUCGAGUCGGAUCGUCGGUUCCUCUCUGACCGCUGACCACAGCUCUGAUUUUUGUCUGAUCGUUCACAGGCAAUAAAGUUUUGGGGAAAAAAUUCAAA